UGAGUUUUAUUGAGAACUUUCAAAGGGCGAGGCGAAUAUAGGGAUUAAGUUGUUAAUGUAGAGAGAGAAAUAAUAUGGUAGAUAGGGGAUAUUGGAGGAUAUUUAAGCGAGAGGCAGAGAUUGCCCCUCUUUUGCGAGAGAGAGAGGGAGGAGGAGGAGCGGGUCCGCAACGAUGAGUGUGGAGAGAGAAAGGUAAGGGUGCCAUUUGAAGGUAGAGAGAGGUAGCUGUUUGCUGACUUCUGAGCCCCACCUCUCUCUUCUCUCUCCUCACCUAUUGACUGCCUGCCCUUUGGAGCGGGCAACUCCGAAGCCCACCACUGCCUCCUUUGACCCUUCCCAUCUCUCCCUACUCAGAAGAAACCACCCAUUCAUUCUUCCCACCGUCUCUCUCUUACGCUACCCCCCCAUGCUAUAAAAGCACAGAUUCUUCUGUAAAGCCACCGAGAGAUCUUGGGAUUCCAAAACAGAAACUCCUCUUCACAAUUCUUGGCUGGCGUUGGGUUGAGGGAGCAUCAUUUGUUGAAGCUUUUGACCCCCUCUACCCACCGCCACGCCCUCCCUCUUGAAACCCCCAAAUCCAUGAAUCUCCAUUUUAUAGCAGCUUCUCUCUAGGAUUCUAUUAACUCUCGAAACAACCUCGAAAUACCGGAAAAUGGAUUCCUAUAACUCAUGAAACUUAUUUUUUCAUGGUCUAGUUCAUUUGCGAGCCAUGUCUAACACCCCAACUUCUCCCUUUGAAUUUGGACUUUUUCUCUCUUGCCUCACCAUGCCCAUCCACGAUCCUUGGCCUCUCUCUUAACUCCCCCACCUCUCUUUCUCUCUCUAUCUCUCUUUCUCUCUCUAACCACAAUGGGCCAGACUAGGGGCUUUCGGAUCGGUCGCAAGCUGGUGCAAUUGUGGAAUUCGGCCUGUGAGAGCAAGAAUCAAACACCACGAUACACGCGCUUGAAUCCAAGCAACCACAGCAGUUGCUGCUACAACAAUCACAACAGAAGGCACACAUGGGUCACAACGCUGAAGAGAAAACUGAAGAAAAAUCCCCUCAAAAUGGAUUCAUCUAAAAUGGGUAAGACUCUUUUGAGUGGUUUUGUUAAAAGAGAAAUCAGAGAAGAAGGUAGUGUAUGCAAGGGGAAAACAAUCCCAAAGGGCUACUUGGUUGUGUACGCUGGGCAGAGAGACGACGACCAUCGAUUCUUGGUGCCAGUCGUGUAUUGUAAUCACCCUUUGUUUGGGAAGCUCUUAGAGGAGGCAGAGGAGGAGUAUGGAUAUAACAGCUCAGGGGGCCUCAUCAUUCCAUGUGGGGUGCCUGAAUUCGAGUGUGUUAAGACCAAGAUCGCUAGUGAGAGUUGCAGAGGCCUCAAGAAGAGAUAGAAACCUCCCUCUCUCUCUCUCUCUCUCUCUAGGGUAGGUGGGUGUGAGCCGUGAGUUUUGACCCCAAUUGGGGCCAUGGCCUGUUUAAGCACCGUUGUGUUCAGUGUACCUGUAUACAAAUUUUUUUUUGUAUAUUGGGCUGAUUUUCUUUUGCU